CAUAUUUUGAUUGUAAAUGACUGCAUCAUGCGUAACUUUCUAGACACGUAAAGUCAAAAUACCUAAUUAGUUGGCGUCUUGGCUUCACAGACUUUACUAGAUUUCAAUAAUCCAGAUAAAAAUUAUGUGAUAAUUCAAUUAUCUAUAUUCCAAAUUCUCAUCUACUAAUCGUUGACUUUCAAAUCUCUAUUUAGAAACAUCUCUUUACGAUCUUCACUUUCACAUACUUCAUUCUUUUCAAAGAAGACUUGGAACAUGAAGGAGGAUCGGCGUUUUCCUCACAGACAUGAAGUCCUCCAGUUCUUGAAAACCAAAACGGCGCUCGUUAUCUUCAUACUACUACUAACUUAUGUCUUUGGUUACUUAACCGCAUACUAUAACCAUCAACCUUCUUUACACGUGCCACCACCACCAUCAACAGCAGUGUUUAAGACCGUCAAGUCGACAAAACCUCGCAGUUGCCUAGUUGACAACUUCCGAGUAACCACUCGCUGCGGCGACCUUGUUCCGCCGGAAUCAAUCCGUCAAACGGUCAUCGACAAGAUCUUCAACGGAACUUCACCGUACGUCGACUUCCCACCGCCGCACGCCGGGAAAUAUCUCCGGUCAAAACGGAUCAAAGGCUGGGGAUCGUACGGAGACGUCUUCGAGAAUCUAAUCCGCCAGGUCAGACCUCGGACGAUCGUGGAAGUUGGAAGCUUUCUCGGUGCCUCGGCGAUUCACAUGGCGAACCUCACGCGCCGCCUUGGACUCGAGGAAACUCAGAUUCUGUGCGUUGACGAUUUUCGUGGCUGGCCCGGUUUUCGAGACCGGUUUAAAGACAUGGCGUUGGUGAACGGCGAUGUCUUGCUUUUGUACCAGUUUAUGCAAAACGUGGUCAGCUCUGAUUUAACCGGUUCGAUUUUACCGGUUCCGUUCUCUACUGGUUCGGCUUUGGAGAAGCUGUGUGAGUGGGGUGUAGCGGCGGAUCUGGUGGAGAUAGACGCGGGUCACGAUUUCAACUCGGCUUGGGCUGAUAUAAACCGGGCGGUCCGGUUACUGCGACCCGGCGGAGUUUUGUUCGGUCACGAUUAUUUCACGGCAGCUGAUAACAGAGGAGUGAGGAGAGCUGUUAAUUUGUUCGCGGAGAUUAACCGGUUAAAAGUCACAACCGAUGGUCAACAUUGGGUUAUCCACUCGGUUAAUGUUAUUUGAUUUCUUCCCUUUUUUGGCUAAAUUGAUUCUCCUUUUUUAUAUAGUAUAAAAUAAAUAUGGCAGAAUUUAAAAUGCGAUGUAUGGUAAGAAAAUGGAUGAUUCUCAAUUCGAGAGAACAGAUUUGGUCAACUGUAAAAGAGAAAAUUCACUUUCUUUUCUAUUUUUUUUAUCAAAACUUUAUUUUCUAUUUAAAACUCUCAAGAGAAAAUUCACUUUCUUUUCUAUUUUUUUUUGUAUCAAAACUUUCUUUUCUAUUUAAAACUCUCUUUCGUUCUUGCAAGGUGUUGUUUUUGAAAAAAAUGUCCACAUCGUCUUGAAUUCUUUUGUACAUAGAGCCUAGAGGAUAACGUGUUGAAAACUUGAAUUUCUUGAA